UUCUUCAAGAUGAAAAGACCGCCUCUUUCGCUUCCCAAGAACUUACUGUUCAUAUCAAAUUUCUCAACUUUCCUCUUUGUAGUACAAAAACUCCUGUUCGGUGUAGUUGCUUCUUCUUUUCUUUUAGAAAUCAAGAAAGUGGACUUUGAGUACCUAUUGAAAAAGAAAGUUAGAUCAGUCCUUUUGAUUAUUUUUUCUUUAGUAUUGACAGUACUGCUAGUAGCUUUUUCCUAGUACAUUAUUGUGUUAAGGAGACUUCUUUUGGGUGAUCAGAUGAUGGAAGGAAGUUCUUAUAUGAAAAAGAGAACGGUGUUUAUAGAUGAGUUCAUUGAUUUGGUCUUCUCAUGGUCUAUCCAAGAUAUUUUUGAUGAGACUCUAUAUGAAUAUCAGGUGAAGAAUAUUCCAGAAUCAUUUGAAUCAGUAGAUCAUUACCUCGGUUCAUUUUCUGUCCCUUUACUGGAAGAAACACGAGCAAGUAUAGCCGCUUCUUUGGAAGUCAUAGACAAAGCACCCUUUGGUGAAUUGAUCUCCUUCUAUGAAGUAAAACCAUAUGGAUCACUAUUUUUUGAUGUUAAGGUUGAUUAUUGGAGGAAUGUAUGUGGUGAUGGCAGGGAGCCUUAUCGAACAUUGCCUGGAGAUAUUGUCGUUAUCUCGGAUGCUAAACCUGAAACCGCUUCCGACCUGCAGCGGGUCGGAUGGAAUUGGACGUUCGCAUCUGUAACUUACAUCAGUGACAAUGAGAACAACGAUGAUUUAAAUGCUUCCACUAAUUUUAGAGUACAAGUUGCUAGAGAUAAUGGAAUCUCUGAUAGAAUGCAAAAGUCGUUCUAUAUAGUGUUUCUGGUAAAUGUGUUACCGAGUAAGAGAGUAUGGAAAGCACUCACGAUGAGAAAGAAUUUGAACAUUCUCGAGAAAGUUCUGUGCAGUGGGCAUGAGAAACAGGGCGAGGAUAAAUGCGACGUUUGUUCUGCAUCAUCUAUCGAUGGACCAACUGGAGAAGUUGUUAACAGUCUGUUGUCAAAGUUGAAUGAUUCACAGGCCAAUGCAAUCUUGACCUCUCUUGAUGCAUUGAAGUGUCAGCACAAGCCUUCGGUUGAACUCAUAUGGGGUCCACCUGGGACAGGAAAGACUAAGACUACGAGUGUCAUGCUCUUCAUACUAUUGAAUAUGAAGUGCAGAACUCUUACUUGUGCCCCAACAAAUGUAGCGAUAACACAAGUAGCUUCAAAGUUGGUUAAACUGAUCAGAGAGUCGUCUAAAAAUCUUUCUGCACAAAUGGAUCUCGUUUGUCCUCUAGGUGACAUUCUCUUGUUUGGGAAUAAGGAUCGGCUAAAAGUUGGUCAAGAUAUCGAGGAGAUUUACCUUGAUUAUCGUGUCGAUAGGCUGGUGGAGUGCCUAGGACCGAUGACUGGUUGGAAACACUGUAUAAGUUCCAUGAGCGGGUUUCUGGAAGAUUGUGUUUCUCAGUAUCACAUAUAUGUGGAGAACGAGUUGAUCAAACUCAAGGAACUUGCGGAUCAAGAGGAAGCUCGGAAGGAAACAGAAAAAAUCAGCUCAUUGAUUGAUUUUGCUAGAUCCCGUUUUAAUUCUACAGCUUCAUCUUUGAGAAGGUGCAUGCUUAUAUUCUGUACUCAUCUACCAUUAUGUUUUAUUCAGGAGGAGAAUUUUGAAAAGAUGGCAAGCCUCAUCUCCCUAUUCGAUUGUUUGGAGGGAAUGUUAUUUCAAGAGAGUGUUGGCUCUAAAGAACUGGAGGAACUCUUUUCAUGCUCUUCUGAGGCAUUUCUGGGUGAGUUGUCUUUCCCGUGUUUAAGAAACCAAUGCCUUGUUCUUCUGAAAGAUGUUCGCCGAUCUCUUGAGAAACUAAGUCUUCCAAGUGCAAUGAGUAAGAAGUUGAUUGGGGAGUUCUGUAUACAAAUGGCUUCCUUGGUUUUCUGCACGGCCUCUAGUUCGUAUAAGCUUCAUUCAGUGGAUGUGGAGCCAUUUGACUUAUUAGUCGUUGAUGAAGCCGCCCAAUUGAAGGAGUGUGAAUCUGUCAUACCCUUCCAACUUCAAGGUCUGAGGCAUACUGUUUUGGUGGGCGAUGAGUGUCAACUGCCCGCAACAGUUCAGAGCCGAGUUUCUGAACAAGCUGGCUUUGGAAGGAGCCUUUUUGAAAGACUGAGUUCACUUGGUCAUUUUAAGCAAUUGCUUAACAUACAGUACAGGAUGCAUCCAUCAAUUAGCCAAUUUCCAAAUUCAACUUUCUACCAUGAGCAAAUUCGUGAUGCCCCUGAGGUAAAGCAUAAAAUGUAUGAGAAAAGAUAUCUUCCAGGAAGAUCUUUUGGCCCGUAUUCCUUUAUUAAUGUUCCCUUCGGUAAAGAAGAGCUGGAUGAUGUCGGACAUAGUCGAAGAAAUAUAGUUGAGGUGGCUUUAGUGAUGAAGAUAGUGCAUAACUUGUUUAAAGCUUGGAGUGGCUCGAGGAAGAAACUCAGCAUUGGUAUUAUAUCACCUUAUGCUGCGCAAGUUUUGGCCAUACAAGGUAAACUUUGGCGGAGGUAUGAUAACCUUGAGGGUUUUGAAGUUAAGGUGAAGUCAAUAGAUGGAUUUCAGGGAGGGGAGGAAGAUGUUAUAAUAAUAUCUACCGUGAGAUCUAAUCGUGGAGGAUCAAUUGGUUUCUUGUCUAGUCUUCGAAGGACUAAUGUUGCUUUGACCAGGGCUCGACACUGUCUAUGGAUUCUUGGCAAUGAGCUAACAUUACGUCAGAGCAACUCUGUCUGGGAAGCCUUAGUUCUUGACGCCAAGGAUCGUCAGUGCUUCUUUCAUGCUGAGGAAGACAAUGACAUGAGGACAACAAUUUUAGAUGUUAAGAAAGAAUAUGAUCAGCUUGAUGAUUUGCUUAAUGCGGAUAGUAUUCUGUUCAAAUCUCAGAGAUGGAAGGUACUCUUCAGUGACAAUUUUAGAAAAUCAUUUGGAAAGCUAACAUCCUCCCGCUUGAAGAAGUCUGUGAUAAAUCUUCUGGUUAAGCUGGCUAGCGGAUGGCGUCCCAAGAGAAAGAAUGUGGACUUUGUAAAACAAUUUAAGGUUGAAGGGCGGUAUGUCGUUUGCUCUAUUGAUAUUCAGAAAGAAUCCACUUAUAUUCAAGUGCUGAAAGUUUGGGAUGUAUUACCCUUGGAGGAGGUUGCAAAGUUGUUGAAACAUCUUGAUAGCAUAUGUUCUAUGUACACUGAUGAAUUUAUCAAUCUCUGCAACGUGAAGUGUCUUGAGGGGGAUUUAGAAGUUCCAAAGAGUUGGAAGCUUUGUCGUGAGAUUGUUCAGUAUAAAAGCAUUACUGCAAGCACAUUGAAUAAUGAAUCAACUGGUGCAGUAGAUGGUAGAGGUUAUGUUGAAAAUUCCAGAGUCAGUGAAAGCUUGCUAUUGAUGAAAUUUUACUCAUUAUCAUCUGGCGUUGUCAAUCAUUUGCUCUCCAAUCACCAUGGUGAAGAAUUAGAUCUUCCUUUUGAAGUUACUAAUGAAGAGAGGGAGAUAAUCCAAUUUAGGAGAAGUAGUUUUAUCCUUGGUCGCUCAGGCACGGGAAAAACAACAGUUUUGACCAUGAAGUUAUUGCAAAAGGAGCAACAACACCACAAUUCUAUUGAAGGAUUAAAUGAAGUGGGAAAGAAAGGAUCAAAUCAAUGUGUAGGUGAAAUAAAUGAGGAGAUUCAAUGUGUAGGAGAGGCUAGCAGGGCUACGUUGCGCCAACUUUUUGUGACAGUUAGCCCUAAACUUUGUUAUGCCGUCAAACAUCAGAUUUCUCAGCUGAAAAGCUUUUCUUGUGGCGGAAGUUCCGCAGCGGAAAGAAGCGUGCUAGAAAGUGAUGAUUUGGAUGGGACGACACAAUUUAGAGAUAUACCAAACUCUCUUAUUGGCAUUCCAUACAUGAAGUACCCUCUUGUGAUCACAUUUCAUAAGUUCUUAUUGAUGCUUGAUGGAACCAUAGGUUCUUCCUACUUUGAUAGGUUCCAUUUGAAGUGGGAGCUGUUUGAAGAUAGAAGUUUGACGUCAAUUGCUCGACAAACUUUCAUAAGAGAGAAGGAGGUUAACUAUGACCGUUUCUAUAGCUUGUAUUGGCCUCACUUCAAUACUCAAUUGACCAAGGAUUUUGAUCAUUCAAGGGUGUUUACUGAAAUACUUUCUCAUAUAAAAGGAGGGUUGAAAGCAGGGGACUUUCAUGAUGGAAAACUCAGCAAAGAGGCUUAUUGUUCAAUGUCCGAAUCUCGAGUCUCCACUAUAAGUGCAGAGAAAAGAGAGAAAAUAUAUGCUAUUUUUCAGGAUUAUGAAAAGAUGAAGAUCGAACGUAGUGAAUAUGAUAUAGCUGAUUUGGUUAAUGAUAUUCAUAUUCGGCUAAAGUAUCAGCAUCUCGAUGGUGACAAAGUAGAUUUUGUAUAUAUUGAUGAAGUUCAAGAUCUCACAAUGAGACAAAUAGCACUUUUCAAAUAUAUUUGUAGAAAUGUUGAUGAGGGCUUUGUUUUCUCGGGUGAUACAGCACAGACCAUUGCUAGGGGGGUAGAUUUCAGGUUUGAAGACAUUAGGAAUCUAUUUUAUAAUGAGUUUGUCAUGGAUUCAAAGGGUGAUGAAGUUGUUGGAAGAAAAGAUAAAGGACAUCUAUCACGUGUUUUUCAGUUGCUUCAAAACUUUAGAACGCAUGCUGCUGUGCUCAAACUAGCACAGAGUGUAAUUGAUUUGCUUUGCCAUUAUUUCCCUCAAUCCGUUGAUUUCUUGAAACCCGAGACCAGUCUUAUAUAUGGUGAGGCUCCUGUGUUGUUGAAGCCUGGAGCCGAUGAAAAUGCAAUUAUAUCUAUUUUUGGGAAUAGUGGUAGUAUUGGAGGAAAAAUAAUAGGUUUUGGUGCAGAGCAGGUCAUAUUAGUGCGGGAUGAAUCUGUGAAGAAGGAAAUCUCUGGCUGUAUUGGAAGGCAAGCACUUGUCUUGACUAUUGUUGAAUGCAAAGGUUUGGAAUUUCAGGAUGUACUGCUGUAUAAUUUUUUUGGGUCAUCACCACUCAGAAAUCAGUGGAGAGUGGUAUAUGAGUUCAUGCAAGGACAAGGCUUAGUAGAUAUAUCCUUCCCAAGUUUCUGUGAAGCACGACAUAGUCUCUUGUGCUCUGAACUAAAGCAGCUUUAUGUUGCUAUCACUCGAACAAGGCAAAGGUUAUGGAUUUGUGAAAGUAUAGAAGAAUUUUCCAAGCCUAUGUUUGACUACUGGAGAAGGUUGUGUCUAGUGGAAACAAGGGAAAUAGAUGAUUCACUUGCACAAGCUAUGCAAACUUCUAGCACUCCAGAGGAGUGGAAGUCAAGGGGAGUGAAGCUCUUCUGGGAGAAGAAUUAUGAGAUGGCAAUCAUGUGCUUCGAAAAAGCAGGAGAAAGGAAUUGGGAGAAAAGGGCGAAGGCAGCUGGAUUUAGGGCAGCUGCUGAGCGAAUUCAUGAUUCUAAUCCCAAAGAGGCUUGCACCUACCUACGUGAGGCGGCUGAAAUAUUUGACUCUAUUGGAAGGUUUGAGUCGGCAGCAGAAUGUUUUUAUGAUUUGAGGGAGUAUGAACGGGCAGGACAAAUUUAUUUGGAGAAGUGUGGAAACUCCGAACUGAUAAAAGCUGCCGAGUGUUUUACAUUGGCUAAAUGCUAUGAGCAGGCUGCAAGAGUUUAUGCAAAAGGCAAUUAUUUCUCAGAAUGCUUGUCUGUUUGCACCAAAGGAAAAUGCUUUGACUUGGGUUUGAAAUAUGUCGAGUACUGGAAACACGAUGCUGCUCAGUGUAGUACCGCGGGGAAAAGAGCGGAGGAAAUUGACCAAAUUGAGGGGGAGUUCCUGGGGAAAUGCGCUUUUAAUUAUUUUGAGCUCAACGACAGAGGAUCCAUGAUGAAAUUUGUGAAAGCAUUCCCUUCAAUAGACAUGAAGCGCAAUUUCUUGAAGUCUGUGGGGUGCCUUGAUGAGCUGCUGUUAUUAGAGGAACAACUAGGAAACUUCACUGAAGCUGCAGAAAUUGCCCAGCUGGAAGGGAAUAUUCUUCGUGAAGCCGACAUAACAGGGAAGGCUGGGCAUUUUGACAAGGCAUCUUCUCUCGUUCUUGUAUAUGUUCUCUCUAACUCUCUGUGGAUCUCGGGAAAUAAAGGCUGGCCUUUGAAGUCGUUCCCAGAAAAGAAGGAGCUUUUGGGAAAGGUCACGUCAUUUGCGAAGCUUGGAUCCAACUUUGAGACCACACACACUGUGGUUAAAGUUUUAUCAAAUGAGUCAAGUGACUGGUCUGGCUUGAAGAACAUUUUCAUUGCGUCUCAGAAAUGUGAAAGUCUAAUCGGUCAAUUUUUGGGUUGUAGGAAAAUAUUGGAUGUUCAUUUUGAAAAUAAUGCGGCAAAGUAUGUUUGGGAUGAUUUAUCUAUCAUACAGAGUUCAGAAGAAUUGAUUACAUGCAGCCAAGUCAGUGUCAGAACACUACUUCACUUUUGGAAUUUGUGGAAGAAGACUAUCUUUGAUCUUCUUGAAUCUCUUCAGGGCCUUGAGAUAGAAGACUUUGGUGAAUAUAACAGCUUUUGUAAUUUCUGCCUAAGUUUCUUUGGUGCUAGGCAGCAAUUGAAUGAUCGCAAUGUUACAUAUGCACUGUUGCAUCCUGCCGCUGAGUGGGUUAAAAAAAUUCACCAAAGUUUCAUCAGACGGAGCAAAAAGGUGGUAUUUGUUGAUGCUCGGCAUUUUAUUUAUGCCGCUCGACAUCAUUGGCACACCGAAUUAUUUAUUGUUGGUUUGAAGGUUCUGGAAACUCUUGAAUCCAUCUAUAAAUCGGCUGCAACUUCAAUGUCUCUUUUCCGGCAAAGCAUGUGCCUUCUGAAUAUAUAUGAGAUUGCAAAAUUUUUAAGUAAGUCUAAGGACCUUGAUUCUAAGAGUUUUGAGUGGAAAAUACGGAAUUUCUUGACACUGUCUACCGAAUACUUUGAAAAAGCCUUCCCCCUCGACCCACGACAAUCAUUGGUAGAUAAUAUGAUUUCUCUAAGGAGAAAAGAGCUUUCCCGUGACUUGCUGCAAGAAUUCAUCCAUCAAGAUAUUAACACCAAAGGUCUUUUGAGCUAUGGACAGGUUGGAAGGGUGGUGAUGAUAUGGCUUGCCUCUGGAAAACCUUCUCAAGAUUUGUACAAGAAAAUUGUUGGAAGAGUUCCAACAAAAUCAUGGAAAUCAUUCAUGGAAAUUCUCAGCUGCAUUAAAGAAACGGAAGAAUCUCAGUCAGGCAAUGCUUGUGGAGGCAAAACUUCCGAGUCUCAUGAAGUUUUUUCAUCAAGCAAUGAAGCUAAGGAAUUUACAUUAGUUCAGCUAUUCUGUGAAGCAUUACAAGAUACCUAUAAUGUGAACUGGAUCAGACUAAAUGACUAUAUCUCCCCUGGUUGUUUCUUGUAUCUUGUUGAGCGCUUUUUGAUUUUGGUGUCACAGUGUCAGGGAUUUUUUUUCACUACAAAAUCUUCAUUGGUGGAAUGGCUGAUUUCUGAGCAAUCUGAGGUCCUACCCCCUUCCAAGGUUGCCAUAAACAGGCAGUCGUUGGAAAAUUUUCAUCAUUUUGUUCUUAUGGUGGUACAACAAUUCAUUUCCAAUAAACAUGGUACAUGUCAGUGGAUUCACCAAAUGAAAAUCAGCGUUGAUGCAUACUAUAAGCUAUUGGUUAUGAGAUUGGUUGUUAUCCUAUGCUGCUUGUGUGUGAACAGUGGGAAAUACUAUGAUGUUCUUUUCCAUGUGCUCAGAAACAAUGAUGUUAGGAACCAGCUUCCAAAGAAUUUCUAUGGCAUUCUUCUACCAGGAAUAAAGCGGAAGUACAUUCAGAUCAGUGAAAUUGGCAAAGCUUUUCAAAUUGCCGGAGAUCCUCUUUUGUUGGUCAACCUGAGUGAGAAUACUACCAGGAACUAUUCUAAUGUCAUUCAUGUGCAGUUGGGAACAAACUGCAAUAUAGAAGGCAUUAUUCACUCGCUGUUUCCGGCUAGAAAUGUGUCGCAAGCUCCUACUUCCACAGUUCCAAAAGUCAUGACUAAUCCAUUUGCUACAUCUCCCUCGAAUCAUGGUGACCAACCGGAGAAUUUGACAAUGCCAUUUUCGGAAGUCUCUCCUCCGUCACAGAAGAAUCUGCAACAAGUGAAUUGGGACUUGUUUCGGGAAGUAUCUGAUUUUUUGAAGCUUAUGGGCAGUGACAAUAAUGGAACUACCUCCGCUGUUGCUCAGAGGAUGAAGGAGGAAAUAAAUAUGCACAUAAAUUUCUUGACUACUGCCAUGGAGAAGCCUUAUACUGGUGAGGACAUGAUUGAGGAAGUGCGAAGUAUGCUUCAGGAGCUGCAACAGCUCCAUUCAUUGUUGGAUACGAGUAACUCGGAAGUAGGAAACGCUGAACAACUGUUGAAGAGCUUGCUGUCAAGAAAGCCCAAGGUUGAAGCUUUAUUGAAUCUGAACAUUGUACCAGCAACAGAGAAGGAUUGUGAGGAAAAAGGCGAUACAGUGUAUGGUGAAGUCGAGAAGAUUGAGUCGCCAUCUGUCACCACCAAUUCUGAAAGCAAUGCUGAAAGGAAGCAGCCAGAGAAAGUGAAGGGCAAGUCCAAGAGAUCCAAAAAGGGAAAAGGAAAGAGGAAGUAAACUUUAUUGUAUGCAUAAGUGUGUUUCGAGCUCCUAAACUUUGUACAUUAUUUAAUGCUCCUUUAAUUAUUGCUGAAAUGGACAUGGUUUAAUGAAAUGAUUAUUUAGCCUCUGUUGGGAUGGUCGUUACCCAUGAUUUCAUAAUGUACAGUAUGGUAUUGUAUAAUAUAAUAUGGUGUUGUGUCGUAUUGCAUUAUAGUAAUGAAUACAAUGUUUGGAUGAACUG